AUAUAUUUUCAUUUUACAAUUGUUCAGUAGUUUUAUUCUGGGCAUCAUAGUGCUAAUUAUUUAAUGGAAUGGCAGCACCAAUCGAUGCUUAAAAAUGUUCAGAAAAUUACAAGAAUUCAAGCAAUAAAUAAGUCCUUUUGCAAAAACAUUCUUGAGCCAACUUACGAGUUUUGAAACGAUGUCGCAGGACGAAGAAAAUAAGUCAAACUCAAAGAAAAUAGCAAGAGAAUCUCCGAAUAAUGAAAACACUGAAAUUUACGAGAGCACCGGUAGAUCAAGAGUUUUAACCCUGAUAAUAAUAUUGCCAUAGAAAUGGCUAAAGAUGGGUUUUAUUGCCCAUUUAAUGCCCAGUUUCAGAAUGAUUUUCAUAAAAACACGACUACUGGGAAAAUGUGCAAAAGUUCCACAUUUUGAGCAAAUCCGACGUCUACAAACCAAGAAUGUCCGAACUACACUGGAAUAGUGCUUAUGCUGGGUUAGUUUUGUAUGCAUGCCAUGGUGUUACGCACUGGACAAAGAGUAAUGGAACCACUUGUAACAGGGGCUGUAUUAUUAUAUUAGACACAAACUCAGACAAAAUAAGAAAAUGUCUUUAUCCAGGAAAAGAAAGCAAUGUACAUGAUGUUGUCUAUGAGUGCUUUUUUGGUGAGAAGAUGGACAAAACGCUUGUUGCUCAAGGUUUUUCUGUAAAAAAUGAUGAGUUCAAAUUUAACUCUCUGGUUUUCGACUGUAAUGAACAGUACCGUGAUGACGAGAAAGAAAUAAUUAUUACCAGUCAAAAAUAUAUAAAAUUAGUUGUUCACAGUUGGAUGAAAGCAGGGCCAAGGUCUUUGGGAAAGCAAGAAUUUGAUGUUUGGGAACUUGAUAACUUGAUGCAUUACCAAGAAGAAGAAAACCUAAACGAAAGUUUGAAUUUAGGAACGAUGAUUUCCUACAAAGAUAUUCCAAAGCAUUCAAGCCCAGUUGCAAGAGGUUAUCAAAAGAAUGAACAGCUUGAAUUCCACCCAAUAACUGGCAAAUUAAGAGUUGUAAAUAGUCGAAAACCACAAAAUGUAAGAGAAACAGCAGUGGAGGAGAUGUUUAUCCAGUUGAAAGUACGAGUUCAGAAACAAAGGCUCUUAACAGAGAUAUCAGGACAAAUUUAAGCAGAGUUUAUGGAAAUGAUCAAAAUAAUGAACAGUCAUCAAUGGCUGCAGAUAACUUUGCCACCACUAAAACCUACGUCCCAGAACAUCUUAAAGGCUGUUUUGAACUUGGCGACGAGUAUCUGGAAGAUAUCGACGUCCGUUCAUUGUACAUUUCACGACAUUCGGACAUUUAUACCGGUGCAAAAUAUGGAGGGAUGAUUUUGUAUGGUUGUCGCGGACAAAGAAGCUGGAUAACUAAAAAUGGCACCAGUUGUCAAAGUGGCUAUGUUGUCCUUUUGAGCACGGAGUCAAAAAGAGUAAAAAAGUAUCAAUUUGAAAGAAAUGAAAGCAAUGUGCAUAAUGCUGUUUAUGAAUGCGCUUUUGGUGAGAAAAUGCACAAUACUGUCGUUGGUGAAGGUUUUACUAUAGAGAAUGAACAAUUGAAAUUUAACUCUUUUGCUUUCAAUUGCAAUAAGCUGUUCAGUGAUGAAAAGAAAGAAAGUGUUUAUAUCAUUCAAAAUUACAUAAAAUUAGUGGUUCAGAGCUGGAUGAAAACUGGAUCUUUAUAUCCUAGAAAGCGUGUAUUUCAGGUUUGGGAACUUGAUAGUAUGAUGACUAAACACAAACAUGAAAAGCCAGCUGAAAGAAGUGCGAGUUCAGAAAGUCGUGGUGCAGCAAUAAAUAUUCCAUCGGUCACUAAUAAUGAACACGAGACUUUGUCGUUUCGUAUCAAGGAGCAAUUUCAUGCAGAUACCUUUGAAUCAUCAAAAACAAUUAUGAAGAAGCUUAAUGCACACACUACCGUUGAAUUACCCUUACUACCUCAUACAUCCAAAAGUCAUCCAAAAAAGAUGAACGGAUGCUUUUCAGUUUUUGACGAUGGCAAUGACGAAAUUCUUGUUCGGACACUUCACAUUUCUUGCAAAUCUGAUAAAUAUAUGCCAAUAUCAUGUUGGCCAGAUCAUAUUGGACAACCUAGACCUGCAAAUUACACUGGAUUGAUUUUGUAUAAGUGCCGUGGUUUAACAGACUGGCGAACAAGAAAUGGUAUGCAUUGUCGUAGUGGCUAUGUUCUUAUAUUAAAAAUAGAAACGGCAAAUAAAGAAAAGUAUCCAUACCAGGAAGAGGAAGGAAAAAGUUAUGAAGUUGUCUAUGAAUCGACUUUUGGUGAGAAAAUGGACAGUAGAGUCGUUGGUGAAGGUUUUAAAAUACAGAACGAAGUAUUAAAAUUCAACCCAUUUCCCCUCAACUAUAGUACUCCAUAUCAUGAUAAUAAUAAGAAAAUAAGUGAUAUCACUAAACAUUAUAUAUGUUUGGUUGUUCAAAGUUGGAUGAAAGCUGGACCUUUGUCUUUAGGACAACGUAAUUUCAAUAUUUCUGAACUCGAUUUGCUGUGGUGAAAGUAUUUUCCAGCUGAAGGCUUUAUGUUUUGUUUGCAUUAAGACUAUCCAACACUUCUUAAACGUUAAAAAGUACAAUCCACAAAUGUCUAUUUUCCCCCUUUUCAUCAUAUAUUAUAAGCCCUUGAUAAUGGAUAAUUGCAGUUCCUUUUAGUGAUGGUUAUAAUUAAAUCAAAGUAAAUUUUGCUUUGCGACAAUGUA